GAAAAAUCUUAAGAACCAUUAUACCCAAAUCACUGCAUUGUGAUGGAGAUGGUUACGUCUUCUGAUUUGUUUUAUAGCUUGCAGCUCCUCAUUUAACUGGGUUUGCAUUGGCACAGAACAGAACGGUCUCCUUCCCCUGUAUCGGUUUAAAUUGAGAUUUCUUAUUCCAAAUCCAGAAAAAUUAGGAUGAGAAAAAAAGCUGAUUUCCACCAAUUAGGAAUCUAAUCGGGAUUCCUGACUUUUGGACCCUGGUAUGAGCUGCUCAUGAGAUACGUUGUAUCGUCUGAUACUGACACUGGGAUCGUUAAACGUCCAUCAUUCAGCCGUAUCCAGAAUUGGCCGUCAGGAUUGAGACGGAUGCUGGUCACAGCAGGGGUGGGAUGAGGCGCAGUUUGCAGCGGGUGCCGAUCCCUCAUCUACCAAAUCCUACUCCCUACUGGAAGAACCCUUUUCGAUUUCGCCCUGUGAACGCACCGUUCACAUCCUCUAAGUUGCAGGGACAGCCAACAAAAUGGCUUUGUUGCACUUGGAGAGUUCGGAAAUCUCUGCUAUUUCCGGCAACAACUCUCAGGGACGGGAGUAUUUCUUAGACGACGACACGGACGUCGGACGAACGACGAGGAUAUAGAAUGGAUUAUCAUACAGGAGGGGUUAGUGGGGUUGUUGCACAGACCCAGAAGUGCAACUGCAUUCUCUUCUUGAUAAGGGUAGUUGCACAAAGCCUCUGAUGGACCGUGUUCCACUCUCCCAUUGGUUUUUUUUGGGUAGAAACUUUCUAUUCGUUGGCUCCCCUUCCCCACCCUGUGGGCUUAUUAGAGAAUCGAUUCCUUUGUUAAUUUUAGUGUUUUCCUUAUUAUGCGGCAGGUUUUGGAUUGGAAUUGUCAUAAAAGGAGGGAAAGGAACAAAAUGCCUUGUAAUAUGUCGCCCUUUUUCCGAUCGAUUUCUGUCGAUUCUGACCAAUUCCGGCCAAAAUCGGCAUUCAUCGAUUGGAUCCAAAUUCCCACAACUAUAGCUAUAAAUCUUUUCUUUUUUUAAUACAAUAUUUAUUUUUUCAAUCGAGGUAAAUAUAAAUCCUGUCGUUUCACAUUUCUUGAUUUAAUAUUUUUAAUGGAAGGUUGAAACUGAAAAAAAUACUUGAAAACUGAAUCAAAAUGCACAUGGUUGAGUUCAGAUGGAGUCUGAAUUCUGGACUCUGGUUUCUAGAUGGGGAAUGGGGGGAUUGGAAGGUUUAGUUGCUUCCUCUCUGCUUUUUUUUUGGGUUUCUAAUUAUCUUAUUCAGGUUUAAGUAAAUUUUUGUUGUUUUGGGUGAAUUUCUUCUUGUUGCUCUUUUUAGAGUCGCUUCUCGAAUUCCUAUUUGCCAUGCACUACUUAGAUGCUGUUUGGUGGAAUCUACGUUCAUCAAUUUUCAUUUUUUUCUUUUUAAUCUGAUGUUGCAUGGGAGUUUCAGCUGUUCCUUUAUUGUUACAUUUGAAGAAUAUGCUCACGGAGUCCGUUUGCUUUAUUGAAGAAAAUGGCAAGAACUGAAUAAGGGGUAACACGUCUUCUCCCUAGAGUCAUUAUGGGGCUCUUUUCUCUUCACAGUGUCCAUGUUCAGAGGCUCUGUGCAACUACCUGGUUUUGCUUUGUCCUGCUUCCCUUGCUACAGAACGGCGAGGGGAUACUUUCAGCUUCGACUUAUUUAAUUGGACUUGGAAGCUGUGACAUUACAGGACCCGCUGCAGAUGUCAAUAUGAUGGGAUAUGCUAAUAUGGCGCAGACUGCAUCUGGAGUUCACUUCAGGUUGAGAGCUCGAGCAUUUAUUGUGGCAGAGCGUCACGGGAAGAGGAUGGUUUUUGUAAAUAUUGAUGCUUGCAUGGCUUCACAACUUGUGACAAUUAAAGUGAUUGAGAGGUUGAAGGGAAGGUAUGGGAGCCUUUACAAUCAACAGAAUGUUGCUAUUAGUGGAACCCACACUCAUGGAGGCCCUGGGGGUUAUUUUCAAUAUGUGGUGUAUAUUGUAACAUCUUUUGGAUUAGUGCGUCAGUCAUUUAAUGCUCUUGUUGAUGGCAUUGAGAAGAGCAUUAUACAAGCUCAUGAAAAUCUCCGGCCAGGGUCAGUAUAUGUUGAUAAAGGAGAGAUUUUGGAUGCUGGUGUGAACCGUAGUCCUAGUGCUUAUCUGAACAAUCCUGCCAAGGAACGGAGUAAAUAUAAGUAUGAUGUUGAUGAAGAGAUGACUCUCCUGAAGUUUGUGGAUGAUGAAUGGGGGCCAGUAGGUAGCUUUAACUGGUUUGCCACUCAUGGGACUUCUAUGAGUCGUACAAAUUCAUUGAUAAGCGGAGACAACAAAGGAGCUGCUGCACGAUUCAUGGAAGACUGGUUUGAUCAGAAUGGUUUUCUGGAUGAUGUUGAAAACCUGAAUUCUGAUACAUAUGCUGGCCACAGCAUCCCCCGAAGAAGGUCAAGCCUUAUUCCCAACCUUCAAAACUAUGAAAAGUUAAGGGAUAUUGCUGCCUCAUAUCAAUCUUCUCAGGGGAGGCCAGCAAGCAGGAUGUCGAGUAUUUCUAGUCGUGUUAGGAGUGCUCUGAAGCAGUCUGAUAGGCCUAGAUUUGUAUCUGCUUUUUGUCAGUCAAAUUGUGGCGAUGUUAGCCCAAAUGUGCUUGGUACUUUCUGCAUAGACACUGGGCUACCAUGUGAUUUCAAUCAUAGUACCUGUGGUGGGAAGAAUGAACUCUGCAAUGGCCGAGGCCCAGGUCACCCAGAUCAAUUUGAAAGUACGCGCAUAAUUGGAGAAAGGCAAUUUAAAAAGGCUGUGGAUCUCUUUAAGAAAGCAUCUGAGAAAUUGAAAGGCAAGAUUGAGACCCGGCACACCUACAUAGACUUCUCCAAGCUUGAGGUAAAACUUCCUAAACAGGGCGGAGGUUAUGAGAUGGUGAAAACAUGCCCUGCUGCCAUGGGGUUUUCUUUUGCUGCAGGAACAACUGAUGGACCUGCAGAUUUUAACUUCAAGCAAGGAGAUGACAAGGGUAAUUCUUCAUUCUGGAAGUUUGUGCGAAAUGUAUUGAAAACACCGGGUAAAGAUCAAGUCGACUGUCAAUCUCCAAAGCCUAUUUUGCUUGAUACUGGUGAAAUGAAGAAACCUUAUGACUGGGCGCCAUCAGUACUUCCAGUUCAGAUUCUGAGAAUAGGGCAACUAGUCAUUCUCGGUGUACCUGGAGAGUUCACAACAAUGGCUGGUAGGCGUCUCCGUGAUGCUGUGAAGUCAGUGCUUACUUCUGGACCUAAUGGAGAAUUCAACAGCAAAGUGCAUGUUGUUAUAGCAGGGUUGACAAAUGCAUAUUCACAGUACAUUACCACAUUUGAGGAAUAUCAGGUGCAGAGGUAUGAGGGUGCCUCCACACUGUAUGGUCCACAUACACUGAGCGCCUAUAUUCAAGAGUUUAAGAAGCUUGCAGAAUCUCUCAUCAGUGGCCUAACUGUUGCUCCAGGUCCAGAGCCCCCAGAUCUCUUCGACAAGCAAUUCAGUUUUCUAACACCUGUCAUCUUGGAUGCAACCCCACAUGGUGCUCAAUUUGGGGACUGUAAAAAUGAUAUCCCUCAGAAUUCUACAUUCAAGAGAGGGGACAUGGUAUCAGCUACUUUUAGGUCAGCUUGCCCUAGAAAUGACCUCAUGACAGAGGGAACAUAUGCCCUGGUGGAGUUUUUCCAUGACAAGGAAACAUGGGUACCAGCUUAUGAUGAUGAUGAUUUCUGCUUGCGCUUUAUAUGGUCUCGUCCUUCAAAACUAAGCACUCACAGUUGGGCAACCAUAGAAUGGAGAAUCCCACAAUCAGCAGUGUCAGGUGUGUACAGGAUAAGACAUUUUGGUGCCUCAAAGAGCCUUUUUGGUUCUGUAGAGUAUUUCACAGGUUCAUCCCGCGCCUUUGUAGUGGCAUAGGUAAUGAGCAAUGUAAAGCAUCUACUAAAUAUGGUUUUUAUACUUUGGUUGUGACAAGGAGUGAGUAUGUGUAUUGGCUCCUACUUCGGUUGGCAGCGGGGUGAAGCCGGGUCAUGGGUGAUUCUGCUGACACAUUUGUGUAUCAACCAGUCCAUAUAUAAAUAAGGAGAGUCAUAGAUGAUGCAGAAAACAAAA